AUGUCGAUCUCAACGAUUAGGCGACAAGUAAAAAAUGUUGCCUACAAUUUUUCAGAUGCCCAAGUAAAAGUAAGGGAAGCCACAUGCAAUGAUCCAUGGGGUCCAUCAACAGCUCUUAUGUCCGAAAUUUCGGAUCUCACAAAUAAUCCAAUGGCCUUUACCGAAGUAAUGUCUAUAAUUUGGAAAAGGUUGAAUGAUUCUGGGAAGAAUUGGCGUCAUGUAUAUAAAAGCCUCGUACUCCUAGAUUUCUUGAUAAAAUGUGGAAACGAUAAGGUAUCACAACAAUGUCGAGAAAAUAUAUUUACUAUCGAAACGCUCAAGGACUUCCAACAUAUUGAAGAUAACAGAGAUCAGGGCUUGAAUAUCCGAGAAAAGGCCAAGCAAAUAACAGCGCUUUUGACCGAUGAAGAACGGCUCAAAAAUGAACGGACUCGUUUCAUGUUGACAAGAACAAAAUUCCGGGAAAACAGCGCAUUAGGUGGUAGUUCGGAACGUAGGAUUCGGCGUUCAGAAACAGGAACAGCUUUAGAUCCUGAGAUCGAAGAUGCUCGUCCAUCGUCAAUAGGUGAGGAGGAAAUGCAAUUACAAAUAGCCAUCGCACUAUCCAAGGAGGAGCACGAAAAAGUAGACGAGAUGCUCGCACUGGAAGAAUCUCAGCGUGAAGCGGAACGAAUGGCGAAAAUGGAGCCAAAAACAGUGAACAGCGGUCAGCUCACUCAAAGUGCAUUGGAUGAUUUGUUAUCUCUUGGAGUAGGAGAGUUGGUAAUGAAUGAUCAAUCAUCUUCGUCUUCAACUUCUUGGGCUGGUACUGGUCUUGUCGACCCUUGGGUGGCCCCAGCUCCGGCGGAUCAACAGACCACUUCAGCUACACUUUAUCCAAGUGGUCAAUUAGCGAAGAACGAUCCGUGGGCGCCCUCAACAGGAACGACUGUGCCGACUGCGAAUACAAGUGUGCCUACAUCGACAGCGAGCCGCGAUGUCACUUCAGAUCCGUUCUCGACGUGGGACCAGCAACUCGAGCAAUCCUUCAAUACAAAUGCAGCGACAAACGCAUCAUCAAGCGGUGCAAGCUCUUCUGCAACUACUGCUGCUCGAAGAACACCAGAGAACUUCCUUGGAGAGAACAAGAACCUUGUGAACUUGGAUAACCUUCUUGGUGUGUCUUCGACCAGCUCUGCUUGUGCGAAUCCAUUUCUUCUCAGUUCUACUACUUCAACUGUAAAUCCAUUUGCCUCGCAACAACGAAAGUCGCCAACACUGAAUGAGAUGCGAGCAGCUCAAGCGUCUGGGGCUCCUCCUAUUCCUCAGAUUGGUCCCCGUGUUGGGACUCUUCACCAAACGGCCCAGCCAUCGCAAGACCCCAAUCCUUUUGCCAGUCCUUUUUAG